UUGACCCUGUCGCGAAAAAUGUUAUUUUUUUUUCUUUAAAAAUGUCACUCUCCUUGCAAUCUUCGCUUUCAUCAUUUCUCUAUUCGUCUACUUUGCCAAAAUCAAGAUUCAGAUUUGCAAAUGGGUGUUGUUCUUCCACUCUACUCUUCAAAUUCAACAAAUCUUUCGCAACUAUUCGCGCCUCCUCCUCGGGCUUCUCUUCUUCCCUCGACACUGGAUUCACUACCGAAUUGGAUGCUGUGUCUACUUUCAGUGAGAUAGUUCCUGACACUGUCAUCUUUGAUGAUUUUGAAAAGUUUCCACCAACUGCUGCAACUGUUAGCUCUUCACUGCUUUUGGGUAUAUUGAGCCUUCCUGAUACCAUUUUCAGAAAUGCUGUGGAUAUGGCCUUGGCGGAUUCAACUUGUUCUAAGCUUGACAAACCUGAAAUGAGGUUGUCUUGUUUCUAUAAUAAGGCUUUAGUAAAUGUUGGUGCCGACUUGGCUAAGCUAGUCCCUGGUCGAGUUUCUACUGAAGUGGAUGCACGUCUGGCUUAUGACACUCAUGGUAUUAUUCGGAGGGUUCAUGACUUACUGAAGUUGUAUAAUGAGAUUGAUGUUCCUUCUGAGCGUUUACUGUUUAAAAUUCCUUCAACUUGGCAAGGAAUAGAAGCCUCAGGAUUGCUUGAAUCUGAGGGUAUACAAACACAUUUGACUUUUGUUUAUAGCUUUACUCAAGCUGCAGCUGCAGCCCAAGCUGGUGUUUCUGUUAUCCAGAUUUUUGUUGGCCGCGUUAGGGAUUGGGCACGAACUCAUUCUGGUGACCCUGAGAUUGAAGCUGCCAUUCAAAGAGGAGAGGAUCCUGGGUUGUCUCUGGUGACAAAAGCUUAUAACUACAUUCACAAAUACGGACACAAAUCAAAGCUGAUGGCUUCUGCAGUCCGAAACAAGCAGGAUUUAUUUAGUCUGCUGGGGGUUGACUAUAUCAUUGCACCCUUGAAGAUAUUGCAGUCACUGAAAGAAUCAAUUACUGCACCUGAUGAGAAGUACUCUUAUGUUCGGAGGCUUUCCCCGCAGUCUGCUGUCAACCAUGAUUUCACUGCUGAAGAGCUCACAAAGUGGGACCGUUUAAGCCUCGGAUCGGCUAUGGGACCUGCAUCAGUCGAGCUUCUAGCUGCCGGACUGGACGGAUAUGUUAACCAAACGAAGCGAGUCGAGGAAUUACUUGACAAGAUGUGGCCACCUCCAAAUGUCUAAAACGGCCCCUCCAUUUCGAUCCACACCUAAUGGGGCAUAAAAUAACACGAUACAGACUCCAUCACGUUAAACACUUUUUUUGUUUUCCCUGCAAAGCAGUUUAGUGGGUGUUUAGAGCUGAUAUUGGAUCCUCUAUCCUUUUAUGGUAUCAAUGAACAUAAUGCCUGAUUUUUAGCACUCUGAAAUUGAAUGUGGUAACCCUUUAAAGACUGCCGUUUUGAAUACUUGCAU